AUGGACGAAGACUAAAUUUUUGAGACGAUUCCAGAUGGAUUUGAUUGGGGUAUCACAUUUUUUGCCGCUAAUUAUCAUUCUGUAGCCAUGUUUGCUUGGGACCAAGAUAAGAGCAGCAAAAAAUUAAUUAUAGAUGAUGAUUAGCUGACAGUCAAAGUUAAGGAUGGUUCUGGCUUUAAGACAUCAUUUGGUGAUUAAGUAAGCCUAGUAGAACUUUCUAAAUUUAUUUAGCCUUUUAAUGAGGGUGGUAGAUACUACUUUUAAGUGCAACUAAACCAAGGCAAUUUAGUUAAGAUUGGGGUUUCGCGAAAAGACAUACUAAGUGAUUCGGCCUUUUCAGAUACUUCCACUGGAUGGGCAAUAUACAAUGGAGAGCUCAGGCAUAACAGCAACUCAAGUGGCCCAAAAUAUGGGUCUUCAAUUCAAGCUGGGGAUGUGAUUGGGGGAACACUUAGCUUCAGCAAAAAUGGAAGAAACUGGGGAGUAGCCUUUAAAGAUGAGGAACUCAAGAAAGGUACACUAUUUCCAGCUGUAGCUCCGAUAUACAGUGGAGAUUCAUACAGUAUAAGAAGACCAACUCCUGAAGAUUGA